GCAUUAGACGCCAACUUUGCCGAUCCCUCUAUUUGGUACAAAAACGGCACGUGGUACGCAUUCGCAACGAAUAAUGCAGCCGGCAUUCUGCAGCAAUCCAACACCUCCGCAGCCUACGAGUACGGCGCGUCAAAUGUUCAACUCGCUACAUCACCGGACUUUGUCAACUGGACAUUGCUGGACGCGAGAUCUGAUCCCCUUCCGGUAGUCGGCGAUUGGGUGACCCAAGGCUUAACUAGCAGCUUUCCUCGAAUCCCAAGAGCAAACGUGUGGGCUCCUGCGAUCAUCCAGCGGCCGACCGACAACAAGUACGUCUUGUACUACAGUGCCAACAUGAACAACGGCACGCCGGCUGGUUGGAACCACCCGAUACCGCAUUGCAUCGGUGCCGCAGUGUCGAGAGGUCAAGAUCCCGCCGGACCGUACGACCCGCUCGACGACCCGCUGGCGUGUCCCAUCCUCCAAGGUGGUGCGAUUGAUGCAGCCGGCUUCCAGAACACGAAUGGCACCUUGUACGUGGUCUACAAGGUUGACGGCAAUAACAUCGGUAAUGGCGGCCUGUGCGGCAACACCGUCAAUCCUAUUGUUCCCACGCCACUCAUGCUCCAGAAAAUGAGGUCAGACGGUGUCACCACAGACGGCAACCCUGUUCAGAUCCUUGACCGGAUCGCCGCAGAUGGGCCCCUUGUCGAAGCACCGGCUCUUGUGCGUUCCAGCGAAGGCAUUUACUUCUUGUUCUACUCUUCGGGCUGCACACGUUCGCCCUCCUACGACGUGAAGUAUGCCACAGCGACUCACGUCAACGGACCUUAUGUGCGAGCGUCGUCGCCUUUACUGCGGACGGGGAGCUGGGGUCUUAGUGCGCCAGGU